AUGUCAGACCUCACUACUGCUGUUAACGAACUGUAUGAUCCUGCGUUGUCAGUGAAAGUCGUCGGCGUCGCCCAGAAAUACGACACCGAGCCCAAUAGACCCCCUCCUAGUAGAUCUCCUGAAUAUACGGUACCUGGAGGACCAAACAGCUAUCAUUGCUCCAAGAACUCAACGGCUUGGACUCAGGGAUUCUUCCCUGGAUUGAUAUGGCUAUUAGCAGAGAGAGCUGAACUCGACAAAUCAACAAUCAACCCUCAUUAUAGAAAGGAGGAAUUGAUCAGACUAGCCCGAAGGUGGCAAGCUGAUUUCAAAUAUCUAGCGAGACCUAGCACAAAUCACGAUCAAGGAUUCAGAUUUCAACUUUCUUACGGAAGAGAUUACAACAUGACAGGCGAUGAAGAAGCGAAAAAGGUCUUGAUCGAAGCCUCAGAAAGUCUGGUAGAUCGAUAUAGUGAAUCUGCUGGUUGCAUCAGAAGUUGGGAUUCAAUGUCAAACGUCCAUGAUGGCGAUAAAUACACUCUGAACAAUAUGGACGAGCAUUAUCUCGUUAUCAUUGAUAAUAUGAUGAAUCUCGAUAUGCUGUAUGAAGCUACGAAGCUUACAGGGGACGAGCGUUAUGCCAAAGUAGCUACUCGUCAAGCUGAGAAAUCAUUGAUAUCUCAUGUUCGAAAAGACUAUACAACAUAUCACGUUGCGAAUUUUGAUCAAAAGACAGGAUUACCUAUGGAGUUGAGAACUGCUCAAGGUUAUGCAGAUGAAAGUGUUUGGUCAAGAGGGCAAGCUUGGGCUAUAUAUGGAUAUGGACAAUGUGCUUUACGGACUGGUCGACAAGAUUUCAUUGACACAGCUAGGAGACUCACGGAUGUCUUCAUCUCCUUUCUUGGUCCUUCAGGCGUCCCAGAAUGGGAUUUCAAAGCUCCUAAACCAUGUCCCUACGAUGCUUCAGCCGCUACUAUCACAGCAGUGGGCAUGUUAUGGAUCUACAAGCUGCUGUUACCCACUGAUAAUGUUGCGGCUAAUGGAUACUUGAAACGAGCUAUUCAGCUCGUACAAGACACAUUGAGAGAAUGCUUGACGCCCAAAGCUACGUUGAAGGAGGAUGGUGAAGUUGAUUUCGGCGAAGGUGGAUGGGAGACCCUUUUAGCCCAUUCAACAAUCAAUGGUAACCCAACUGGAAGAAGGAGAUUCAUGGAUCACGGUUUAGUCUACGCGGAUUAUUACUUAGUUGAAUUCUCCAACGAGCUUCUCAAGAUCCAGAAAGGCCAGAGAUCAUGA